CGCGUGCGGCCCUGCGCCCCUGCGCCCCUGCGCCCCUGCGCCCGGCCUGUGGAGCCCGGGGCGUCCGGAGCCGGUGAGUGCCCCGGCCGCUGUCCUGCGUGCAGGCGGCAGCCCUAGCGACCAUCCCGCUCCUUGAACCGACGCGACCUCCCAGGACCUGGUUCCAGUUUCACUGAUAGAGGACUAGAAAGCCUGUAGUAAAAGCCCGUCUGAACUGAAAGAUAAAAUUCAUCAGUGGUUUGAAACGAACAGCUCUCAACCAAAGGAAUCACUUGGUAUUUAUAAACUUUGGGUCUUCCAAAGACAAUGGUGAAAGAAAAGAAAAAAGCAGACAAAAAGGUAGAUAAGUCUGCCCGCUCUCCCUCGUCUCUCUCUGACUAUCCAGAGUUUUCCAAACAAGAUGGCAGUGCCGCCAGGCAGGAAAUGUCCCCAGUUGGUGUCCCGCCAUUGGAAACGCAGCUCAACGAAACAGAACCCCACAAAGAACCUGAAAUCAUUGAGGAGGAGGAAGAUGCCACUCAACAAUACGAAGAGCCCAUUCUGACCAAACUCAUAGUGGAAAGCUAUGAAGGGGAAAAAGUCCGUGGGCUGUAUGAGGGAGAAGGCUUUGCCAUCUUUCAAGGAGGUAGCACCUACCACGGUAUGUUUUCAGAAGGACUCAUGCAUGGACAAGGGACUUAUAUUUGGGCCAAUGGACUAAAAUACGAGGGGGAAUUUGUGAAGAACAUCCCCAUGAACCACGGCAUGUACACGUGGCCGGACGGCAGCAUGUACGAAGGCGAAGUGAUAAACGGCAUGAGGAACGGCUUUGGCAUGUUCAAGUGCAGCACCCAGCCUGUGUCCUACAUCGGCCACUGGUGCCACGGCAGGAGACACGGGAAGGGCUCCAUUUAUUAUAAUCAAGAGGGCACCUCUUGGUACGAGGGAGACUGGGUUUACAACAUCAGAAGGGGCUGGGGAAUAAGAUGUUACAAAUCUGGAAAUAUAUAUGAAGGCCAGUGGGAAGACAACAUGCGCCACGGGGAAGGGAGGAUGAGGUGGCUGACAACCAAUGAGGAGUACACCGGCCGGUGGGAGAGGGGGGUCCAGAAUGGUUUUGGAACACACACAUGGUUUCUAAAGAGAAUCCCCAACUCCCAGUAUCCUUUGAGAAAUGAAUAUGUAGGAGAGUUCGUAAAUGGCUAUCGUCACGGACACGGAAGGUUUUACUACGCCAGUGGAGCCAUGUAUGAGGGAGAAUGGGUUUCCAAUAAAAAACAUGGCAUGGGCCGAUUAACUUUUAAGAAUGGGCGUGUGUAUGAAGGUCCGUUUUCCAAUGACCACAUAGCAGAGUAUCCAGAUCUCGAAGUUGAAUUCCUAAAUUACCUGGACCUGUGUUCGGAAGUUUCCCAAAGGGAAAGGCCACACAGACCUUCCAUGAAUGCUGAAAUCAUCAGGAAGCUCGAUGGUAGUGAGAGCCAUUCUGUGCUGGGAUCGAGCAUCGAGCUGAAUCUAAACCUCUUGCUGGACAUGUACCCUAAGGAAGAGCAACCAGAAGAAAAAAGGCAGGCAGAAUAUGCUAUCUUGAGAAAUAUUACAGAAUUACGAAGAAUCUAUAGCUUUUAUAGCAGCCUAGGAUGUGAUCACUCUCUGGAUAACACCUUUCUGAUGACAAAGCUUCACUUCUGGAGAUUUCUAAAAGAUUGCAAAUUUCAUCACCACAAAAUAACUCUUGCUGAUAUGGACAGGAUAUUAAGCACCCAUAAGGACAUACCAGUUGAGGACAUUCAUUCUCCAUUUACAACGAUACUUCUGAGAACAUUUCUGAACUAUCUCCUCCAGUUGGCCUACCACAUUCACCAUAGAGAGUUCCAGAAUAGAAGCCCAUCGCUUUUUUUGUGUUUUACAAAACUGAUGACUGAGAACAUUCAUCCAAAUGCCUGCCAUGUAAAAGGCACCUUAUUCCGUGAGCCACAGCGGACGCUCUAUUCGAUGAAUUACGUUGAUAAGUGCUGGGAGAUCUAUCUCACUUACUGCAGACCGCACACAGCUCCGCCCUACGAGCUAACGAUGAAGAUGAGACACUUCCUCUGGAUGUUGAAAGAUUUUAAAAUGAUAAAUAAAGAAUUAACACCAACCAAAUUUGUGGAGGUAAUAGCAGAGGAUAAUCCUUUCAUAUCUGAUGGAAUUGACAGCAACUUUGAACCUGAGUUGGUUUUCCUGGAAUUCUUUGAAGCCCUCUUAAGUUUUGCACUCAUCUGGGUUCCUGACCAAAAGACCAAAUUGGGUAGGAGUGCUCCAAAGGAUGAUUUUCCUGGAAACAAAUUUUCAAAUAUUUUUACAGGAGCAAAUCAGAACCGGAGUCCAAGUGCGAUUACAAGCCACGAAUCUGAUCGCUGUGGCAGUGCCAAGUCAUCUUCCAGCAAGUUGGGAUUCUUGCCUGAUAUUAACAGAAUAAGGAAAUCGGAGAUCAGGAAGUCUCCAAGUGAAGAGAGAAUUUCCAGAAUCAGUUUUAAAUCUACAGCAAAAGGGCUAACCUUUCUAUUUCAAAGCAAUCAAAGUGGGAUAUAUGAUCUAAACUUGGGGCCUGGAAUAAAUGUGGAAGCAUUCUUAAAAUCUGAAGUGAAAGAUCAUAGCAGAUUACAGCACAGCGAUAAAGACGAUGACGACUCUUCUAUUCUUAAAGAAGGACCAGAGAAAUCAGAAAAACCCAAGGAUGGGCAAAAGGAAAAACUCAAUAUGUGGGUCCAUCACAUGUACUUCUUUUUUGUGAACACGCUCUUUAACUCCCAUAAGCGUGAAGAGACUCUGAAGGAGAAAAUAAAGGAAAACAGGCUACAUAACGCAGCAAUGGCUCAGCAGAGGAAAAUUGAAAAUGAUGAGCUGGAAGCAAGGCUGAGUAUCUUAAGAGAGGAAGAGGCUAAAAGGCAAGACUAUGAUGUGGACAUCACUGUGAUCAAGGAGCCAGUGGACGCCCCAUCCUCUAGCUUCACAAUGAGCUCCCCCAAAGAGGACUCAGCCAUGUCCCCCAGCAAAGCCAUCACGACCAAGAAAAGGAAAAAGUAAAGGGCUGCUAGUGCCAUGAAUGAGCCACGAGAACAUGCACAUAUAAAGGAGCUUGGAACUGCAAGGACUGUAACAUUUCCUGAACAAUAAAAUUGUUUGCAUUAUACUUGUUA